GCGUAUACAGGGCUUUAGAGCGGAUCGUUUUUCAGCUCAUUAUCUAUAUUUAACCGGCUGAUUGUUGAUUGAUUGAUUUGGUAGUGAUUUAGUGACACAUUCGUUGAAUUUUGAUUGCUAAUCAGGUGACACUUGUGCGUGAACAUAGUGAAGAAGUGAUUUUACCAAGAAGUUUUUUAGGGGGUACCUUACUGGGUAACUAUCUUCAGGUAGUAAUUGAACAGUGGAAAUACCAAAGGGGAUGUCACGGAAGUAAAAUAUCUUCUUCUUUCAUCCCAGUCGCAUCAUGUUUCAUUCGGCUGUGAACACGACGGGCUACAACGACACUAAUACAGGAUUCCAUCAACAUCUUCAGCAAUCUCCAGUGUACGUUCCUACCAAUAGGUCGGCCAGUAUGCCUCAGUAUCCAUCACCAGCUAGUGGUCACUUUGGUACAGCCGCCCAUCAAAAUGCUUGGCAUACUGGGGGAGGUUAUGCCGAAAUGGCAACUCCUGCUGCGCAUGGCUUGGGUGCAACAUCGCAUCACGCAGGCGCUCUAACGGCGGGGCAAUUCUAUGCGCAGAACAUGAUGAUGAGGUCGUGGGGAGCCUACGAUGGAGGGUUCCAAAGGAGCUCACCUUACGAUCCGACUAUGGAGUUCCAAUUCGGCGAAGGACGUGAGUGUGUUAACUGUGGUGCUAUUUCAACGCCUCUAUGGCGUCGUGACGGUACCGGGCACUACCUAUGUAACGCCUGCGGGUUAUACCACAAAAUGAACGGUAUGAACAGGCCUCUAAUAAAACCGUCAAAGCGACUGACAGCAACUCGACGCUUAGGCCUGUGCUGCACCAACUGCGGCACGCGCACCACCACCCUCUGGCGGCGCAACAACGACGGCGAACCCGUGUGCAACGCGUGCGGUCUCUACUUCAAGCUGCACGGCGUGAACCGGCCUUUAGCCAUGCGAAAGGACGGCAUCCAGACGCGCAAGCGCAAGCCGAAAAAAACGCAGAGCGGCGGCACUGGCAACGGUGGUGGGGGUACGGGUGCGUCCAAUGGAGGUGGAACGGCGUCGGAGAGGGAGGACAGUAACUCCGCCCCCGUGGAAGAACCGAAAACGUCAACUUUAGUUCACCAUUCGCCCACUCAUCACCCGCACCAAACGCAAAAUCAGAGUUCCUGUCCAUCGCAAAACAAUAAUCACAAUGGACAUACAGAGAAGUCACAAUUUUCGACAGAAAGGCCUUAUUUGGGCCAGACCUCGUUGUUGCCGGCAACAAGUACGAGCGGAAUCAAAAGUGAACCUGGCUACGAUGCAUACAGUUGCUUGCAAAACCAACCAUCCUACCCUUAUCAGCAAAUUUUCGGGUUCCCGAACCCUUCAGCAACAACCAACAACGAACUGGCUUACCAUCACCAACACCAUGUGACGGCCGCUGCAAAACUAAUGGCAUCUUCAUAGCUCUACGCGAAAUACUAGUUUCGAGUUGGUUCGACAGUGAUUUUUUAAGUGCAAUCGCAAAAUUUGUAAAUUUGUGUACAGAGGAACUAAUAAUCGCAAGUAUGUCUUAAAACAAAAAUACUCUGUAAAAAAAUAGAUGACAUAGAUAUUCAGAUAAAGUAUAUAUACUAUAAUGAAAUCAAUUUUCAAAAUCUAAAGCUCCCCACAGACUACGGUUAAUUUCAUCCUUUCGCAACGCCGCAAUCCAAAACGUCGUGAAAAUUUUGCUAAAAACUUCGGCCGCGCAAAUACAGAGCGCUAAAAAAAUGAAUAUGAGUCCAACAUUUUACAAAUAUCACCAAAUUUAAUUUUUGACAUGAUUAAUUAAUAUGAAAAUACAUGUAAAAAAAUCUAAUAGGGUUUUUCGAUGGCAAUUAUAAUUAUUUUAAUAUUUUAUCUCAAAAAUUUAAAAUAUUUAAAAAAUAUAUUUCGAUUUUUGAGAUCAAAGUUCUAUCACAACCAACUACAAUUUGCAUCAAAAACGAGUUUAUUUUAACAGUUGGAAAAAAAUAAAAAUACAUUCUCAAAGAAAUGUGUUUAUCGUUUCCAGGGUUGGAAAAAAUCAUGAUUUUUAAAAAAAUCAAAA